UGAGAUGUUGAUCAUUCCGUAAACACCGUCGACGAGUCAAGCUGUAAAUACUCAUGAUAUUAUUAGAAUAAUGUAGAAAAUAAACAAUAUGUUGUUUUAAUUAUAAUGUAUAGAAAAACAAAAAGAAAAGUGAAUAUAUAUGAAAGGUGAGCCGUGUAUAGUGACAAUGGAAGUGAUAAAACAGUCAAUAGUUAUAAUAGUGUGUGUAAUAUUAAAUGUGAACGCAAUAAAGUUUUAUAAAUCAGAACGCCCUCUUCCUAUUUAUCGUGCUCAACCAUGUGAAGAUGAGACUAUAAUUUCCGUGUUCCAAGAAAAAUUAGCAACAGGUUACAAUGUCACUAUUAACAAAGAUUUGGGAACUGCCACCAGUAUAAGGUUAAAGUUUGAUUCACAAGCCGCAGUUUUAUUUGAUGACUCAGCAAAAUUCGCACAAGAUCAAGAUGUUAUUCAAAAUAUUUUCGUCUUAGUAUUACUCAAAAGCAGCUCUAACUUUACGUUUAACAUCAGGGGUCAUGCAGUUCCAUUUGCUCCACCAUACUUGACUAGUCUCAGAAUUAAUAAUGACGAGUUUUGUAAUCGUCCCAAUUUGACAUAUUUCAGAGAUUUUCCAGUUGGUGUUCUCAGUAACCCUGAUAGGAGUUGCGGUAGACGAAAGGUCCUACACACCGAGUUAAUAUACCAGGGAUAUAACACUAAACAUGGCGACUGGCCAUGGCAUGCUGCUAUAUACAGAUACAACAAUAAAACUCUUAGUUACAUUUGUGGAGGAACGUUAAUAUCUAAACAUUUUGUUUUGACAGCUGCUCAUUGUGCUACAAUUAUCGGCGAACCAGUACCACCUAGCUUAUUUGAAGUUGACUUGGGAAAAUACCAACUAAAUCGAGUAGAUGUCACACUCGUUAAAAAAGAAGUCGAGACGAUAUAUGUGCAUAACAUGUUCCGGAAGACGAAUGUAUUGAGUAAUGAUAUCGCCCUGUUGAAACUUAAAACUGAGGCGGUAUUCAACAACUAUGUACAGCCAGCAUGCCUCUGGGAGGAAAGCGUGUACGACAGGCUUCCAAUAGAUGCUUAUGGCACGGUAGUUGGGUUCGGAUUCGAUCAAAGCGACUCUCUAUCAUCGACGCUACUCGCAGCGAAUAUGCCACUAAUACCAAUUGUGCAGUGUACUUUGAGUAAACCAGAAUUUUACGGAUACCUAUUGAGGGACACUAAUAGAUUUUGUGCAGGAUUCAAUAAUGGGACAUCUGCAUGUAAUGGCGACAGUGGUGGUGCUUUCUCUUACUUUAUUCCUGAUAUAGUAGGCUACACUGGCUCUACUGUACCCGGAGCUUAUUAUGUGAAGGGCAUUGUAUCAACCACACUGGCCCGACCAGGCAGUACAUUGUGCGAUCCCAACGCCUAUGCCAUUUUUACUGACGUUGCCAAAUAUUUGUCAUGGAUACAUAACAUUAUUGAUAAUAAUUAAAAUAUAAAAUAUGUCAAUUUCCAA